UUCGCUGUUUCCUGCAGCGUGGGUCGGGACCUGGCUGCUUCCUCCCGGGCUGCGCCGUUGCAGCCAUGAAGGUCCCGGAGCCGCCGGGCCGCGGGAUGAGCUUCGCCGAGAGGCAGCUGCGGCGCCACGGCUGGAAGCGAGGGCAGGGGCUGGGCAAGCGGCAGGACGGCAUCGCCGAGGCCAUCCGGGUGAAGGUCAAGUGUGACACGGCCGGGGUGGGACACGACGCAGCAGAGCCUUUCACCUUCCACUGGUGGGACCACGUCUUCAACCAGGCUGCUGCCAACAUCUCCGUGGAGAGUGGGCAGGAUGGCAUCUCCAUGAGGAGCCUCUCGGAGCAGGGUGCCCACAUCAGCAACAGGAAGCCCUGCAGGGCUGGCAGGGCUGGCACCAUGCUCUAUGGUCGCUUCGUCAAGUCAGCCACACUCACAGCCUGUGGGGAGCAGCCCACGGAGCUGCCCAGGGGGAGCAGUGAUGAUGAUGAUGAUGAUGAUGAUGAUGAUGAUAAGCUGGACCUCUCUUCAGUCAGGAGGCUGACGGACGCGGAGCUGGUGCAGGCGUGUGGGGGCCGCACGGCUCACAAGGGUGCCCGCCACGGUCUGACUAUGAGUGCCAAGCUGGCACGGCUGGAGGAGCAGGAAAGAGCCUUCCUGGCCACCUACCGACAGAAGGAGCAGCAGCAGGAGCCCCCCAGGAGCAGCCCCGCAGCAGAGAGGCAGGAGAAGAAGAGGAGGAAGAAGAGGAAACACUCCAGGGAUGGAGGUGAUCCUGAGGAGCUGCAGAGCCAGCAGCUGAGUGAGGAGGAGGUGGUGGGAGAAGAGGAGAUGGUCAUGAAGAGGAAGAAGAAGAAGAAGAGGAAGCAGCAGGAGGUAAGCAGAGAAGAAGAGGUGGUAGGAGAGAAAGGGAAGGUUGCAAAGAGGAAGAAGAAGCAGGAGGAGAAUGAGGGAGAGUUGGCUGAGACAGAGAUGGAGAAGAAGAGCAAGAAGAAGAAGAAGAAGAAGGAGGACAAAGAGGAGUUGGCUGAGAGUGAGGUCCCUCUAGAAGACACAGCUGGACCAGACCAAGCUGGACACAGCCCCAGGAAGAAGAGGAAAAGGAGGAAGGAGGUAGAGUGAUCAAGGGCUGAGGCUGCCCUGUGGAGCAGCUGCUGCUGCCAGCUGGCUGAGGGCCCUGACCCUGCCUGCCAGUGCUGCUGGGUGCCCAGGGGAGCUCAGAGCUCUUCCCAGGUGAAGCCCAGCUACCUCUUCACUCCCUGGGAAUGCUGGGCUGGGACUGCUUGAGCUGGAGCUGGACUGAGCUUUGUGUCACUCCCUGAACCUCCUUCCUGUCAGGGCUGACCCCAGUUCCAAGCAGGAAUGGGGC